CUUUCAAAACCAGCUUCAAAUGAACUUAUUCUCCAUGAAAACCCUCUAGAUUUCAACAGUUUCAAACUAUGGAUUUUGGGAUGACCACUUUCGACAAUACUCCUCCUCUCUUAAAUCACGAUGAAAAAACCAACACCAUUAACAACCAUGGAUCUGGGUUCACCAAGCAGGAGAGAUCUGAACCAGACCCACCACCUGAUGAUCAACAACUGUUUCUUCGAACCUCCAAAUCUUCAAGAACAGAUUACUUUGACCAACCCAUCAACAAGACAAUGCCCAUGAGAUCUGAUUCUUUGCUUUCAGUUUCAGCUGCUGAUGCUGGUGUUUCCAACCACAUGCUUAGUUUUUCUUCUUCUUCUUCUUCUUCAUCCACAAACACCGUUAAAGAUGGAAAUCAGACCUCACUCUUUUCUUUCUACCAGCCUUCACCUGCCUACAUUAGAAAUACAGGGUAUGGUUCUGGAGGGUUACAAGCAGGUAUGCAGAUGCCUGUUUCAAGAUAUAAAGGACCCUUUACCCCUUCUCAAUGGAUGGAGUUGGAACACCAAGCUUUGAUCUACAAACAUUUUGUCGCCAAUGUGCCCGUUCCUUCGCAUUUGCUCAAUCCGCUCCGAAAAUUCCUAAACACUUUUCUUUUCCCAGGGUCUUCGUCUUCAACCUCCUAUGCCCCCAAUUCCUAUGGAUGGGGAACUUUCCAUCUCGGGUUCUCGGGUAACACCGAUCCAGAACCAGGGAGGUGUCGUAGAACAGAUGGGAAGAAAUGGAGGUGCUCUCGAGAUGCUGUUCCUGAUCAGAAAUACUGUGAAAGACACAUCAACAGAGGCCGCCAUCGUUCAAGAAAGCCUGUGGAAGGCCAGAAUGGCCAUGCUGUCUCGGGUCCCGCUGCUCCUAAAGUGGUCCCAGUCGUUUCCUCCUCAUCUGUACCAGUUUCCGGCAGCCGGGCAUCCACUACCGCCCUUGGUGGUGCCGCCAUCGGCAACCAGUUUAAGACCUUGCACCACCAUAAUGCCACCAUUGCUUCAUCUACAGAGACUACUCCCAUUAACAGGAUACAAGAAUCACAAGCGUUUGCCAUUCCGAAACAAAAUAAUCCGGUUGAAGAAUCCUCAGAUUCUCUGAUGUAUCCCACAAACUAUAGCUCUUUCUUGGACCAAGGUGCACCAAACCCGAACCCACUUCCCCAUUUUGUGGACCAGUGGUCCAAGGUUCAGUCUGGUCGAACCUCCUGGCCUGAAGAACCAAAACCGGACUGGACCCAACUCUCCAUGUCCAUUCCCAUGGCUUCGUCAGACUUCUCAUCAUCCUCAAACUCUCCGACUCAAGAAAAACUUGCGGUUGCACCACUUGGUCUAUCUAAUGAGUUUGACCUUGACCCGACCCACAAACAAGCAUCGAACUGGAUCCCUAUUUCUUGGGGAAACUCGAUGGGUGGUCCAUUGGGUGAAGUUUUGAAUCGAACUUCUAGUAGCAAUGGGGUUAGGAGCAAGAAUGCAUCAUCACCGGCUUCAGAAAUGUGGGAUCAUGUUAACUAUCAGCUGGGAUCUUCACCUACUGGAGUCUUGCAGAAAACCACCUUCGUCUCGCUUUCGAAUAGCAGUUCUGGGAGCAGCCCUAAAGGCAACCAUGGUGGUGGCGGCGGCAGUGGUGGUGGCGGCCUUUGUGACGAACUGCUACUUUCGACACUUGCUAGUUGAUCUUCCGACCACCCUUGUUGCAAGUCUGUGCCACGUUUCCAAAAAGGGAGAACUUGUUCCUGUUUUUAAGAGAGUUAUGUUUCAAAAUUUGUUGGUUUUGUGACCUUGGUUUUAGACAAAGGUUGAUUUUGGAGAAACAAAAACAUGUGUAUCUUUGUUUUAUACUAUGAAAAAAAGCAUUUGAUGCUACAUUUGAUGUUA